UCUUUAAAUUUCACAUUUGAAAAUGUAAAUUGAUAUUCAUUCAUUGCCACCAAAGAAGUAUAUGGCCAUUAUUGUUAACUGGGCAACAUUUCUUAAGAUCCCUGUACAGAGACCAUAUCUCUUUGCUUCAUGUGCACUGUGUGUUGCCUAUAGGUCAAACCAGCACCUGCUCGAUUGAUCAUGGUCAGCGAGACCUUAAACUACUGGGAUCCUGAUUUUGAGGACGAUGUCAUCAACAUUAAUGUUGGGGGUCUGAGAAGAAGGCUCAGCUCUAGCGCUCUCUCCAAGUUUCCUGACACCCGCCUGGGGCGCUUGCUGUCCUGCGACUCAGAAGAGUCCAUCCUGCAGCUCUGCGAUGACUAUGACGUGAGUGCCAGGGAGUUUUACUUUGAUAGGAACCCAGGUUUCUUCCUGUAUGUGCUUCACUUCUACCAGACUGGGAAGCUGCAUGUCAUGGAGGAGCUUUGCGUCUUCUCUUUCUGCCAAGAAAUAGAGUACUGGGGCAUCAAUGAGUUCUUCCUGGACUCAUGCUGCAGCUACCGCUACCACGAGCGCAAGCUAGAGAGCCGGCACCACAACUGGGAUGAGGAAAGCGAGGUCAGUAGUGUGGACACCUCCCCUGAUGAGAUAUCGGAUAUCAAUCUUGACUUGCUCCGCUACAGCACGUUGCGCUGUGGCAACUUGCGGAAGCGCCUUUGGCUUACCAUGGAGAACCCGGGCUACUCCAUCCCCAGCAAACUCUUCAGCUUUGUGUCCAUCAGUGUGGUGCUUGUCUCCAUAGCUACUAUGUGCAUCCACAGCAUGCCAGAGUACCAGGUGGUGGAUGAGAACGGUAACGUGCUGGAUGCCCCCAUCCUGCACAACCUGGAGUAUUUCUGCAUCUCCUGGUUCACCUUUGAAGUGUCUUCCCGCUUGCUGCUGUCUCCCAACCCACGAAAAUUCUUCAAGCACCCUCUGAACCUGAUUGACAUUGUCUCUGUCCUGCCUUUCUACUUUACCCUUCUGGUGGACGUGACCCUGGGCAGUGACUCAGAGCUGGGGAACCUGGGCAAGGUGGUGCAGGUGUUUCGUCUCAUGAGGAUAUUCCGGGUUCUCAAGCUGGCGCGGCAUUCAACUGGGCUGAGAUCGCUGGGGGCCACCUUGAAGCACAGCUACAGGGAGGUGGGCAUCCUGCUGCUCUACCUGGCUGUGGGAGUCUCUGUGUUCUCUGGCGUGGCCUACACAGCUGAGAAAGAGGAGGAUGUUGGUUUCGACACCAUCCCGGCCUGCUGGUGGUGGGGUACAGUCAGCAUGACCACUGUGGGCUAUGGAGAUGUGGUGCCAGUGACCGUGGCUGGCAAACUGGCAGCUUCAGGCUGUAUCCUGGGUGGGAUCCUGGUGGUGGCUUUGCCCAUCACAAUCAUUUUCAACAAAUUCUCCCACUUCUACCGCAAGCAGAAAGCCUUGGAGGCUGCCGUAAGGAACAGCGACAAGAAGGAGCUAGAGGACACUGAAGAUUUUUCCAGCCAGAACCAAGACUCGGAGGCUCCAAGUGAAAUCUUCCAGGAGGGAAGCAAGCCAGACCGCCAGCGCCUGACCAAAGAUACCCUUCCUGUUCACUGAGCACACGGCAGCUAGAGCUGACGAUUCCACCAUGGUGUUUUCUCCUAGACACAUAUGGCCUGAAGGACCAGGUCAGAAUGGUGCUGACUCUUUUACCAUUGCUGACUCUUAUGCACUGGAAGUAAACAGGAGAUGAAACACCCCAGAUGAUGCUCACGCAGUGCACUGCCCUUGUGCUGGGACAAUGAAGAAAAACCACCAGAACUAGAAUGACAAUAGCUCUGGGCUGCCCCAGACUUACAAAAAAUCCAUCUGGCCUCCUUAACACUGUGCGCAACAUCUGACAAACUUCUCUGCCAGGCAAAGGACAAAUCAAGAGUCAACCAGAUAUGCCCAUUAGGUUCUAGCUGUUUCUAACCCUUGCAGUGGUGACAGCAGGCAGCAGCUGUAUCCAUUAGGACAUGCACUGAAUGACAGUAUUCCCUGUAGUAAUGGCAAUAGUGUCAGAGCCCCCAAAUGCCAAUCAGGAAAUAAAAUUAAGUUACCAAGGACUUAGAAAAGAAAAGGGUGAAGAACCAAAUCAAGAAGCAGAAAGACCUCUGGCCUGCUGGUCUGCCUGGCCACUAGUAACUCCUUCCAAUGUCCUGCAGCCCAAAUUUCUGUCUGGCCUAUCACAAUGUCAGUGCUGAGCACUUAGCUCCUGUUUCCCACCCACCACUCUGAAACACAUGGACUCCAAAUUCUACCUGCAUUUGCAAUGGGAAUAUUUCCUGGGGGCUGGGGCCGGGCUUUGGAGUGUGGUGAAAUAAUCUCUGCAAAGAACCAGUCAGAGGGACAAGCCUAAACCUGACUGGUUGUCUCACAAGUACCCAACCUGAGCUGAUAUUAAACACUUACAGCUUCCUUCUUUGGGAACUCUUAACUGAUCACUUCCUGUCCAUUCCUUAGUGGUUGAAGAGGAGAAAUGAGGGUGGUAAAAUGAAUGGUGUCUACAUACCAUGUGGGAUCACAAAGAAGGUAACAUCAACAUAUGUGUUUUCUUCCAGUGCAUAGCUGAGGCUGGAAUGGUGCUCAGGUGUCCUUGUAAGAGCCACAAUAUCAGCACAUCUAUUCGCCUUCAUUAAUGAGAAUGCAUUCACUUUCACAGGCAGCCAAGUGUUGUGGUCGUAAAAGAGCACCCCCCAAAGAGAGCCAGAGAAAGCAGUUUGCCAUGGCUCUGUGGCACCAUGUAGAUAGUCCUUGGAGAGCUCUCUGUUAAGGAGAGAGGUGAUUCCCCAUCCUUCAGUGUUCCCCCGACUGGCACUGGGUGGCGUGGCAUAUCCUGAAUAAGCCAGCAUGCCAGCCAGCUGAACAACUGCCCAUAGCCAAUCUGUCAGUCUUGCCACAUCUUUCAGGUUAGGCUGGGAGUGGGUGCCAGAGCUCUGAUGGGCAGACCAUGGGAGAACAGCUUUGCAGGGGAUCUGAUAGAUACAGAAAGAAGAGAAGAUUUCACCACUGUGUGGACAAAGCCCCAAAGCAAUGAAAAUCCCUGGCUUUUACUUAAACAUCUGCUCCAAGCCCAUAUGUUGGUGACCUCCAACAGGUUUUCUUCUCU